ACUUCUCAACAGCCAGAACACCACAGACUUCAGGACAGCUGCUGGAGGAGCACUCUGCCACACAUUACCAGCACUCUGAAGGACACUGACGAUUUCACACCAAAAUUCCACUUGAUGAAUGUCUAUAGAGUUGUCUGAUCAAGCAGAACAUGGAGGCCGACGCUGCUGUAGCCUCCGAUCUUCCAAGCAGCCAGGACAUCGCUGCCAUCCAGGAUGAAGAUGUCCUCAAUAAAAUGCUGGAUAAAGCUGUUGAUUUUGAGGAGAGGAAAAUGUUGCGAGCUGCACUCAGGGAACUGCUUAAGACAAAAAGAGAUAAGAGGGAGAAGGACCGGGGGUCCAGACAGGAGGACUUGAAGGGUCUGAACCAAAGAGGGCAGCCAAAACCAAAGACUCCGGUGUCACCCAUUCAGAUGUCCUUUAACGGGCCCCCCAAGACAGCCAGCAGCUCAGACACCAGUGUAAGAAGCCCAACCGCCGCAGCGCCCAACACUAAAAAUGUCAAGCAGAUGCUGUUGGAUUGGUGUCGCGCCAAAACGGAGCCAUAUGAGGGGGUGACCAUCAAGAACUUCUCUUCCAGUUGGAGCGACGGCAUCGCGUUCUGCGCACUAGUGCACCGCUUCUUCCCGGACGCCUUCGAGUACUCCACCCUCAACCCCAACAACCGCAGAGACAACUUUGAGUUGGCGUUCACCACCGCAGAGAAGUUGGCAAAUUGUCCCCCCCUGCUGGAUGUGGAAGACUUACUGCGCAUGGCAGAGCCAGAUUGGAAGUGUGUCUACACAUAUAUCCAAGAGUUCUACCGAUGUCUGGUGGAGAAAGGCCUGGUCAAAACCAAAAAGAGGACGUAGAAGGCAACAUCUUCGUAUUUUUCUUUUACACCUAUUCUUUUUUUUACGGCAACAUAUUCUCCUUUUACACCAAUUUUUUUUAAACAGGAUAUACUCUUACAUCAAACGUAAUACGACACUGUACUUAAUGUACAGAACUCACCAUGAUGAUAAGCUUUGGUUUCAUGGAGUGUUUUCACCACUAAGUAUAAAAGUGUUUUUUUUAAUAAUUGCACAUCCUUGUAGAGUGCUCUAUUUGCAGUUUGUUUGUGUAGGUGUUAGUAAAUGCUUGUCUGUGUGUGUGUGUGUGUGUGUGUGUGGACAGCUGGUACUUAGGAACAUCAUGUUCUGCUGAGAUUAUACAGAUCUGCAUUUAACGCAUGCAGGCGGCAAUGGAUUUUCAAGGCAUGUCUACAUUGUUUUUAAAGCCUACAAUUUAUAGACAUUAUUUUUGUUCCUCUUUAAUAAAACAUGUCUAAAAUCAUAUUAAAACAUAUCUUGGUUACAGGGUCAAAGCUGAAUGGGAUUGUAGUUACAAAAUCAAUAAUGAUCUGGUCUAGUCUGUUGAGAGACUGUAGGACUACUAUACUGAUACACCGGUAGGCCCUAUAAAAUAAAUGUUUGACAUAAACGAAUAGCCUUAUAUAUUGGAUAUAUAUACCUAUAUAUUAUUUAUUUAUUGUUAUAUUGUUUUACAUCACUUUUUUUUUCCAGAACAUUGUUAUAAUAUUUUAAACUCAAGGCUUUGUGAGUAUGAGGCGGUAGUCCCGCCACUAUAUCUCCAGCGUGGGCCUAUAGUGGCUGUUUCUGUGGUUGGUGACUUUCAAUGAGAUGCAUUAACUGAGUGCAUUGUAGCACACGUGCGGGGACAGAUUGACGUUUAAUUCUUGACGCGCAUCGAGGAUUAU